AAGUUUAUUUAUGUUUUCUUCAUUACAUAAGAGGAUUUCCUCUGGAAACUGUCGUUAAAGUUUAAAUCAGUUGCUCCUUUAGGAAAGAGUGUGAUAGUUAGACUCCAUUUUGAUCACUGGCAGAUGUUCUUGUUAGAUGCUCAGAAAGUUUCAGCCAGGUUUCCUUCAUGCUGCUGUUUUGUUUCUUCCAGGACCGAUGAGGAGGAAUCUUCCUCCUGUGCUGAAAGCUGCGUGUCGCUAAAGAGUGACCGGUCCAUGGAUCCAAUAACUGUCUUCAAAACUGGAGACCAGCCUGAGCAUAAAGAGAUCCAGCAGCAGACAGCAGCCGUGCCCUCAUCCAGCUGUUUAUCCAUGAAGAGCGACCGGUCCAUGGAUCCAAUCACUGUAUUUAAAGACGGACACCAGUCUGUUCAGAACAGUGAUGAGCUGCAGGACUCAACGGUUCUCAGUGUUCAGUCUGUUCAUCACCAAACUGAUCUGGGCUCCAUUUUUAAGGCUCUGGAGGAAAGCAUCAUAGGUUUUGUGAAGUCAGAGUUAGAGAAAUUGCUAAACGUUGUUGGACCAGAUUACCAUGAAUACUUAAAGAACCAGAGAGAGAAUGAAGAGUUGCUGGAUGGAGGUGAAGAAGAGCAGGAAAAUACCAGCGGAGAGUCAUUUCUGAAGCUCACACUCGACUUUCUGAGGAGGAUGAAGCAAAAGAGGCUGGCGGAUUAUCUGCAUAGCAAGACCUCUUCAACGAAGAAUCAACGAGGACACAAGUCUAACCUGAGGAAGAGAUUCCAGUCUGUGUUUGAAGGGAUCGCUAAAGGCGGAAGCCCAACUCUGCUGAACCAGAUCUACACGGAGCUUUACAUGACAGAGGGAGGAACCGGAGAGGUCAACGAAGAGCACGAGGUCAGGCAGAUUGAAAUCACCUCCAGAAAACAAGACAGUCCUGAAACAAUCAGAAUAGAAGACAUUUUUAAGGUUCAUAAUGACAAAGCUCAGCCAAUCAGAACGAUGCUCACUAAAGGAGUUGCUGGCAUUGGGAAAACCAUCCUAACGCAGAAGUUCACUUUGGAUUGGGCCGAAGACAAAUCAAAUCAGGAUAUACAUUUUACUUUUCCGUUUACCUUCAGAGAGCUGAAUGUGCUGAAAGAGAAAAGAUUCAGUUUGGUGGAACUUGUUCACCGCUUCUUUCCAGAAAGCAAAGAAAUCUGUGAUUUUGAACAAUUUAGCGUUUUGUUCAUUUUUGAUGGUCUGGAUGAAUGUAGACUUUCUCUGGACUUCCACAACAGUCCGAUCCUGACCGACGUUACAGAGUCCACCUCAGUGGACGUCCUGCUGAUAAACCUCAUCCGGGGGAAACUGCUUCCCUCCGCUCGCCUCUGGAUAACCACGAGACCUUCAGCCGUCAGUCAGAUCCCUCUUCAGUGUGUGGAUGUGAUGACAGAAGUCAGAGGAUUUUCAGAUUCCAAAAAGGAGGAGUACUUUAGGAAGAGGUUUAAAGAUAAGAAGCAAGCCAACAGGAUCGUCUCCCACAUCAAAUCUUCACGAAGCCUCCACAUCAUGUGCCACAUCCCGAUCUUCUGCUGGAUCAAUGCUACAGUCCUGGAGGAUAUGCUGAAAACCAGAGAAGAGGGGGAGCUGCCAAAGACCCUGACAGAGAUGUACAUCCACUUUUUAGUUGUUCAGACCAAAGUAAAGAAAGUUAAAUAUGAUAAAGGAAUGGAAACAGAUCCUCACUGGAGUCCAGAGAGCAGGAAGAUGAUUGAGUCUCUGGGAAAACUGGCUUUAGAUCAGCUGCAGAAAGGAAACCUGAUCUUCUAUGAAUCAGACCUGACAGAGUGUGGCAUCGAUAUCAGAGCAGCCUCACUGUACUCAGGAGUGUUCACACAGAUCUUCAGGGAGGAGAGAGGGCUGUACCAGGACAAGGUGUUCUGCUUCAUCCAUCUGAGUGUUCAGGAGUUUCUGGCUGCUCUUCAUGUUCAUCUGACCUUCAUCAACUCUGGAACCAACCUGCUGAUGGCAGAAACAGGAGAACUAGAUUCUGUAGCAACCCUCCUUCAUCAGCUCGCUGUUGACAAGGCCUUACAGAGUCCAAACGGACACUGGGACAUGUUCCUUCGCUUUCUGUUAGGACUUUCUCAGCCAGUGAAUCAAAUAUUGCUACGAGGCCUAAACACACAAACACAAAGCAGCUCACAAAGCAACCAAGACACAAUCCAGUACAUCAAGAAGAAAAUCAGCGAUAAUGUGUCUGUAGAGAAAAGCAUCAAUUUGUUCCACUGUCUGAAUGAGCUGAACGAUCGUUCUCUGGUAGAAGAGAUCCAACAGUACCUGAAAUCAGGAAGUCUCUCCAUAGACAAACUGUCUCCGGCUCAGUGGUCCGCUCUGGUCUUCAUCUUACUGACAUCCAAAAAAGAUCUGGACGUGUUUGACCUGAAGAAAUACUCUGCUUCAGAGGAGGCUCUUCUGAUGCUGCUUCCUGUGGUUAAAGCCUCCAACAAAGCUCUGCUAAGCGACUGCACCCUCUCUGAGAAAACAUGUGAAGCUAUAUCCUCAGUCCUUAGUUCCCAAUCUUGCUGCUUGAGAGAAGUGGACCUGAGUCAUAAUGACCUGGAGGACGUAGGAAUGGAAGCGUUGUCUUCUGGGAUGUUGGGUCAACAAUGUGGGCUGGAAUCACUGAGGGUAGCUGACUGCAACCUGUCACAGAAGAGCUGUGAGACUCUUAACUUGUGUCUCAGUUCAAAUAGCUUCAGGCUUAAGAGUCUGGAUUUGAAUCACAACUUCCUGCAGGAUGUCGGACUGAAGCAACUUUCUGAUGGAUUGAAGAGUCCAUACUGCAAACUAGAAAGUAUUAGUUUGUCGGCAUGUAGCCUCUCAGAGCAGAGCUGUGAAACUCUGGCCUCAGCGCUCAGCUCUCCCUCCUGCAAGCUCAGAUCUCUGAAUAUGAGCCACAACAACCUGGGAGAUUCGGGGGUGAAGCGGCUCUGUGUUGAACUGGAGAACAAACACUGUCAAAUGGAGACCGUCAUACUUUGUGGAUGCCAACUCUCAGAAAGAUGCUGUAAAUAUAUAUCUGCAGUUCUCAGCACUCAGCCAUCCAAACUGAGAGAGCUGGACCUGAGUAACAACAACCUGACAGAUGCAGGAGUGCAGCAGCUGUCCAGUGGCCUGGGCAGUCCACACUGCAAGCUGGAAACUCUCAGACUGUCAGGCUGUCUGGUCACAGGAAAAGGUUGCGGCUAUCUGGCAUCAGCCCUGAGCUCCAACCCCUCUCCUCUGAAAGAGCUGGACCUGAGCUACAACCAUCCGGGAGUCGCAGGGAAACAAAUGCUGUGUUCUGAGCAGAAGGGUCCACCGUGGAAACUGGCUAAUCUGAGUUUGGAGCAAGGCGGAGAGCACAGGCUAAAACCUGAUGUCAGAAAAUAUUUCUGUGAACUUGAGCUGGACAUGAAUUCAGUGAACAGACAACUCCAGCUGUCUGACAACAACACAAAGAUUAGACAGGUGGAUGAUGAGCAGCCAUACCCCGAUCAUCCAAACAGAUUCCAGACCUGCUGGCAGCUCAUGUGCCGAAAUGGCCUGACUGGUCGCUGUUACUGGGAGGUGGAGUGGAAGGGAGCAGUUCUCCUCUCCGUGAGCUGCAAAGGAAUCAAACGAAGUGGAAAAAGUGAGGCCUGCAGGUUUGGAAGGAACGAUCAGUCCUGGACGUUGGAGUGCUCUGACGUGUUUGGUUUCGCUGCCUGGCAUGUUAACAGAGAAACAACCAUCCUUGGUUCCUCUGCCGCCCACAGAGUAGGAGUUUAUCUGGACCAUCCUGCAGGAAUGCUCUCCUUCUACGAUGUCUCCUCCGACACAUUGGAGCAUCUCUACACCUUCUGCGCCACAUUUACUGAACCCGUUUAUCCCAGUUUUGGUUUGUGGUCUGGAGCCUCAGUGUCACUGUGUUCAGCAGCUUCAAAGAAACCUGCAGCGUAAAGCUGUUUAAGGAUAAAUACAACAGCUUUACAUAAUUAUAGCUGUGCAAUAGCUCUGUGCAUAACAAAAAACGUUCUAUGUGAGUAGGUAAGUUAAGCUGUUACACUUCUAAAAGUAAGAUAUAUUUAACUAUGUCAUGUUUUCUAUCAAACCAAAUGAUAUCCACAUCCCAGUUUAUGUUUUAUGAUGGAGGAACAGCACCGUUUGAAAACCAACAGAUCUGUUAACAUAACCGUUACCGUCUGUCAGCCAUUACAACCCUUUAAUCUGUUGUUAACAUUAGUAAUGUGCUUUUCUGAGCCGUCUUUAAACGCAUCAUGAGCUCAUCAUACUCUGUGACCACAGUAUGUUGUGACAGUAGGAGGCGCUGUUGCAUUUUUACACUUUGCUUUACUCCCCUAAAAUAUAAGAUUUGCAAACAAACAGAAAAAUAAAGAAAAAGCCGAACAACAAAUAAAAACUAACAUUUGAGCACUAAGAACUAUCUUAGUGGUCUGUGACUGAUAUAUUUCCAUAAUAAACAUAAUAAUGGUGGUCAAAUUGUAGGGAGCAGCUUUAAAUUAUGAUUUACGCUUUGUGAUGCUUACUGCCCGUUAUUGAAAAUAAAUUGAUGUACAUUUGUCACUGUUUUUUGGUAAUAUUGUAUAUUCAUUAUUGGUUUGCUUCAGUUGGUCAUUUCUGUAAAUUCUGAGGAAUUUGGUUUAUAGCAAACGAGAAACACAAACUCACUUUCUCAGAAAAUUACAAGGCUAAUUAAUGUGUUUGGCUUUUUACUCCAGAAAUAUGCAGGAACAGUUUAUCUUUUAUCAGCUUGAGCUAAACUCACGUAACAACGAUGUGAAAACCAGUCCGACCUGUGGAGAGCUGGAGGUAAACAAACUAACCUCUCCUUCCUUCCUCCUUCCUCUCAGGGUUAGGGGGAUUUUUUACCACAAAAGUUUUGUUUUCUGGACAUGAAGUUUAUUAGAGACAUCAUUGUUGUCUCUAAUAACAGGAUAUGUUCACUGGGACAAUAAAAUGGAAAUAAAACUCUUUUCUCUCCAAAA